AUGAGUGCGAUUCUAUCUGCGGACGAUUUGAACGACUUCAUAUCACCAGGAGUUGCUUGUAUCAAGCCAGUUGAGGCGCUACCGAAGAAGCAGGAAGAAAACCUAUAUGAAGUAACGACGGAAGAUAAGUUGGAGGAACAGAACCCCCCACCGGCUCAGAUAUCUCUUACGGACUGUUUGGCAUGUUCGGGCUGCGUUACAUCAGCUGAGGCGGUGCUGGUCUCGCUACAGUCGCAUGCGGAAGUGUUAAACACUCUUGAUGCAAACCCUGAGAUACGAAUCGAUGGCCGGGAUGGCAUUGAAGUUGGAGAUGGGAAGAUAUUCGUUGCUAGUGUGAGCCCGCAGGUCCGCGCCAGCUUGGCUGCUACAUAUGGCAUAUCAGAGAAGAAUGCAGGAUACAUUAUUGAGCAGUUUCUGCGUGGACCAUGUGGCCUGCGGGCGGGCGGACAACACGGCAGUGGCUUUUCAUGGGUCGCUGACACCAAUAUCAUGCGCCAGGCUGUGUUGGAGCUCAGUACAGCCGAGGUCACUGAAUCGCUAGCCUCUUCCACAUCAACAACGUCCCAUGAUGAAUCCGGCAAAUUCUCCAUCCCUAGCAGGCCGGUCCUCGCCUCUUCUUGUCCAGGUUGGAUUUGUUAUGCGGAGAAAACCCAUCCGCACGUUUUACCCUACCUUUCACGCCUAAAGUCGCCCCAAGCCUUGACCGGUACAUUCCUCAAAACCAUUAUAAGCAAGAAGCUCAAUAUAUCACCUUCAUGUAUAUGGCAUCUUGCGAUAAUGCCUUGCUUCGACAAGAAGCUCGAAGCAAGUCGACAGGAAUUAACAGAUGUCUCUUGGAGAGGAAAUGCAUCAGAUGAGGGCAGUUCGCCCGUAAGGGACGUUGAUUGCGUUAUCACCUCUAAGGAGUUACUCAUGCUCGCCUCUUCCCGAAACAUCUCUCUUCCAUCUCUACCACUCGAACCACUACCGACAAACCUCUCGACCCCUUUUCCUGACCAGACCAUCGCUCAGUUCCUUUCCACUAAUAAUACCCUACACUCCGCACAACCUGCAGCUGCAGGGCCAUCAGGCGGAUACCUUCACCAUCUCCUUACAACAUACCAGUCCAAACAUGCAGAUAGCAUCAUCCAAUCCCAAAGAGGCCGCAACGCGGAUGUGGUUGAAUAUACCCUCGUCUCGGCAACCGGUGAACCAAUCAUCAAAGCAGCGCGGUACUACGGGUUCAGAAAUAUUCAGAAUUUAGUUCGCAAGUUGAAGCCUGCUAGAGCCUCAAGACUUCCUGGCUCAAGGGCCAUGCAACCUAACCCUAACGGCCCGGGUGCAAGAGCACGGCCCGCUCCAAUAGCUAACGGGAAACCCGGAGCGCCGGCAGCACCAUCCGAAUUUGCUUAUGUUGAAGUCAUGGCUUGUCCAGGUGGAUGUACGAAUGGUGGAGGCCAGAUCCGACUUGAAGAUGCCAGACAGGCCAACCCUACGUUAGCCCUACCUGACGGCGCUGUUUUAGAGCAAGGUUCAAAGCCAACAUCCCAAGACCAACGGGCAUGGCUUUCUCGAGUUGACGAGGCGUAUUAUUCAGAUUCCUCAGAUGACAGUUGUCAGCCGGAUAAACCACAUCAUAGGUCUUCUCCCGAAGAGAUACAUUCCAUACUGAAGUACUGGUCUGAUAUGAUGGGUGUGCCUCUUGAGGACCUGGUAUAUACCACUUACCGUAAAGUGGAGAGUGACGUAGGGAAGAAGAAAGGCCCAGCUGGAAGCAUGGAUACAGCUCGUGUUGCGGAGCUGGCUGGCAAGGCUGGCGGUGGGUGGUAA